AUGAAACAUGAUAAAAUUGACACUCACGAUGUUCAGCUGCACGUCAAAGUUGUACUCGUUGUCCUCCUCCAUGGAGAAAAGCGUAUCAUCAAUUUGAUAUUUUUAGUAGAUCUGAUAAUUGCAUAUGUUACGUAUGAAACUGGAAGUGCGAGCUCGUCCACAAGCAUACUUGGCAGAUGGCUUAUCGGAACACAUGAGCUCAGAAGUUUGAAAGAUCGGGCGACAACAUCCAAGGUUGAGCUCACAAAAAAGGAAAACACGAGCUCACAAAUGGCCGCAGGAGUCUGAAAAGAGGAAAAUUACGACGGUGCUGUGGAAACGUCUCAACAUCCCAUAACGGCUGAAAUGAGGCAGGCAAUAAAAAUAUUGCGACGUGGUGUUCAGCAAAGGAGAGGACGGUCGGGAUCGAAUUUAGGAGAAGACGUCUGUGACCUAAAGCUCGCGUGAGGUUGCAGCUCUGGUGAUGUCGGGUGCCAUGGAAACAACCAAAAUUCGUCUGAAAAGUUGACACUCUUGCCAUGACAGACGAGUUAACGAGGUGCAAAAAAUGUAUCGUCACACUGGGGGUAUCUGCCAAAGACGCGGUCUCUCGUGGUUCAACCACCUGAGUCUCCAAGAAACAAGGACAGCGCAGUGCAUGACAUUUUAACGUACGGGAACCAAAAUGCAAAAAUCAAAGGGUUAUGAAGUCAAAGGAUCAAAAUCAAAGGACAAACCAAACUCAGCUGUAUGGUGAGUGGUGGCCGCUUGAGUCG